CAUAUCGAUCGGAUUACUUUAUAAUACAGUUGUUUACGCAAAGCAAGUUGUAUGGGAUUUAACUUUACUUGUAAAAAUUGUUUUCUAAAAGAAUAUUAUAUUAAUUUAGUACAUGUAUUGAAAUGGCUGUAGCGGAAGGUAAUGUUUCUAUUUAUGAAAAAUCUGAAAACGGUAAAGAUAUUAUGUGUAAACCGUGCAUUUUUGAUGGAAAUGUAACAGCAGCUAAAGGCCGUUGUAAUGAAUGUCAAGAGAACAUGUGUACUGAGUGUUUUCAGCAUCAUCGGAGGGGAAAGAUGUGUAGGAACCAUACGUUUCUAGAUACAGCUUGUAUUGAUGGUUCGUCGGCUGUGGACGAAGAAUUAGGAGGUUUGCAAGAUAUAUGUCCGAAGCAUGAUCAACAACCUUUGACGUUUUAUUGCGCAACGCAUCGAGUGAUUGGCUGUAGAGACUGCAUAAUCUUCGAGCAUAAAACAUGUGAAGUAUCAUAUAUAUCGGAUAAGACGAUGAGUUUAGAUAAUGUAGACAAAAAUGAAUACUUAGACGAAGCCAUAAAAGAGAUUGAAAAAUGCAGCAACGAAAUAAAAGAAUACGAAAAGGAUAUUAAAACAAACAUGGACAGUACACACGCUACACAUAAAACAUUUACCAGAGACGCCGAGAGCUUUAGGAAAACGAUAAAGGAAAAGAUGGAUUACCUGAUUUUUGAUGCUUGUGAAGAGGCAAACGAUACAAAAACCGAGACUUUAAGAUGUUUAGAGAAGCUAGAAGUAAAUGCAUCAAAUAUGAGAGAAAAUCUAUCUGCAAUGAAAAUGACAAUGGAGAUAGAGAAAAAUGAUCCAAUAAGGUUAUUUGUCACGGCAAUACGUUCGCGAAAAAAAUUGAAAGAUAUAAAGGAAACUUUUGCUAAAUUUGAAAAAAGUAAUAGAGCUAGAACAUUUACGUUCAUAAGACAGGAAACCAUAGGAAAUGUGAUUGAAGGAUGUAAGGGACUUGAUUUAAUUCAAAGAAUUCCAGUUGCCGAACAUGACAAGCGAAACGUAAACAGAAAACCUAGAACUGUGAUGACUGAUACGUGUGUAAGGCUUUGAUAAAAGACAAAGAAAAGAUUUAUCUGCUUUGACAUAAAUAUUUAAUAAAGAACUUUAUUCAUUGAUAUCAUGCGUUAAAAUUACCUACGUUAAAUUUUAUUUGAAGCCUCCCUCCUAUAAAGUUGACAUCAAAGCAUUCACUUGUACACGGGAGAGUAGCGCCCCUCUUAAACAUCAUGGUCGUUACACGGAUUGCAGUUGAUGGUCUAACUAAAACAUUAAACAUGAAAAUGAUUGUGUCAAUGUCUUCAAGAAACAAUUUCAAAAUUUCCAUUUUCCUUCAAAGAAGGUGGUAACUGUAAAAUUUUCUAGCACAAUGUUUUGAAUUGCUUUAAUCAAUAAAG